AAACGACCGGAAGUCUUGUUCCAGGGUAACUUUCAUGCUGUCUUUAACUGUCUAGCGUUAUGCUUUCACAUCGGAGGCAGUAACAAUGGACGAGUAUCAGACAGAAGACGAGACUGUGUUUGUCGUUGAAGAAGUGAGCAAAAUCAUUAAAGAGUCAGUAGAAGCAGCCAUUGGAGGAAAUGCUUACCAGCACAGCAGAGUUAACCAGUGGACCACCAGUGUAGUGGAGCAGUGCCUCAGUCAACUCAGCAAGCUGGGAAAGCCUUUCAAAUAUAUUGUAACCUGUAUCAUCAUGCAGAAAAAUGGAGCAGGUCUUCAAACAGCCAGCACAUGCUUUUGGGACAACUCAAGUGAUGGAAGCUGUACCGUGAGAUGGGAGAACAAGUCCAUGUACUGUAUCGUCAAUGUUUUUGGACUGGCCCUCUGAACCACCAACAAUGUACCUGAAGUGUUUGCAAUAUUUAGGAUUUUGUGUAUAUUCAUGAAUCAGCAUGUUAUGUUUGGUCACGUUGCCUCUAUUUGAAUACAUUUUGUUUUUAUAGUAAGUCCAAUUAAUUAAAACAAUACUAUGCUUUAUAUACUUUGCUUUAUUUACAUGUGAAAUGACAGAGUGCAACAUGUACAGCUUUCAUCGCAUGAAGCAACAAAAAUCAAUCUCAUUUAAACACCUUAAACCAUUGUAAUUACAUUCACACUGAAAUAAUCCAAAAUGUAAAUUUGUGCCAAAGCAUAUAUACAUUUGAGACUUUGGCCCAUGAAGAAGAAAUUUAAAGACAAGGCACCAUCUUGAUGAGAAUACAUGUUGUGAUAUUUGUAGAGAAUGGAAACACAUUUGUUUUUGCUGUUUUUGUACUUAACUCCCAUUUUAAAAUAUAAUGGAAAGGAAAGCAAGUCACACAUUGUAAGCAAUAUAGGAAAGUUGGGGCAGAA